UGAUAAUCUCGGCUUUGAGGGUCGGAAGAAGUUUAAGAUAGGAGUCGGUAGCGGCAAAGGAACAGAGUGAUUCACAUCUGUCACUAUAUUGUUGUUGAGUAUAAUACACAGUGGUCCCGGAUCCGACAAAAGCGCACAAGACAGGGCUGAGAAGGUGACUCGACCCAUGCAGAAGAGAGUUUGCAGGCGUUUGGGGGACGUGGUCAGUGUGUCUCAAGCCGACGCGCUAGAAACAGGGAUCGAUGCAGUAGGUAUUCGGAUAGACUUUGUCCAGUGCCAGAGACCGAGACUCGUCUAUGUCAGUUGUCUAUCUAUGUCGGACAUGGAGAUUUGUCUCUGCCAGAAAUGGACAUUUGUCUCUGUCAGACAUGCCGACAUGGCAGACAAGAUGUCGACCUCUUCGUUGACACAGCCACGGCGAAGAAGCCAAAGAGCGGGUAUCUACGGACAGGAAUCGACAGUGACAAUGUCAACAUGGUCGACAUGCAGGUUCUGCGUACCACGUGCUGAAAACGACGGCGCCGGUGGUGUCCAAGGGGCAGAGAGGGCUGGAGGAAGAUGGGUCGACGGCCCCGAUCGCACAUCACAAGAACGCGUGCGUGUACAUGCUUACUGGUCCACUGGUUCGGUACGGAUACAUAAGAGGCAAUGGCAAUAUACCUAGCACAAGCAGACUCGGCAAAAAGGGAGGUGCAUCCCAAGCCAAGCAGAUCCACGCACUACUGGCCGUUUACCAAGACGCCGAGCCACGUUUUAUAUGCACUGUGGUCGUGGUUCCUUCCUCUUAUUAGUGUGUUUACGAAUACUGCCCCCACACACACUUGGAGAACAACAGGGGUGCUCCUUCUAGAAAGACGUUGGAAUGCCGACCAUACCGAUCCCUC